GAGGCGGAAGUGCGAAGAGGAGGUGGGCCCGUAAUCCACGUGUGCACGUCGAGGAGCGAGGCCUGAGCAGCAUGGGGCGCAAAUUGGACCCGGCGCGGAAGGUUAAGCGGGGGCCCGGCCGCAAGGCCCGCAAGCAGCGCGGCGCCGAGGAGGAGCUGGCCGGGUUCCUGCCUCCCGACCCUGAUGACAAUGUAAGGAAGCUCUCCAGUCACGCACGACGAAGAGCGGCAAAGAGACGGAUCAAAUCUGUGAAACUUCAAACAAACAAGAACAGCCGUGUUCUUCAGAAGGUUCAAGCUGCCAAAAAUCUGUUAUCGGAGGGCGCAAACAAGAAAGCAAAACUACAAGUUGGCCACCAAGCUGGUUUCAGUGAUGAGAAUGCUUCAUGGCUGACUCCUGGGAAAAAGAGAGCGAGAUCUAAAGAAGAUGAAAGUGCCGCACUGAGUGACAGCGAUGGGAAUGAGGGCCCCUGGGAGAGUGAUGGCGAGGAGGGAAGCAUGGAUGGAAUGGUGGACGACUAUGGGGCUUCGUCUUCUAGCGAUGAAGAGGAGCUCCUACCCAUAGAAAAAGCUUCCCGAAAAGACAAGCUGGAGGGGGAAGCCUUCAAUGAGGAUGACAGCGAGGAUGAAGAGGAGAGCCCACCACACCAGCAGGAGGAAGACACAGACAAGGACGCUGACCUACAACUGAAUGUAGAGACAGAUGAGCGCUUCGUGCUCCCUAGUGGGCAGGAGAUAGAGAAAGAAGUUGCUCAGGCCCCCGACCUCCAGCUUAUUCAUCAGCGAAUAAAAGACAACAUAGAAGUACUUCAGGACUUCAGUACCAAGCGUGAGGAGGGGCAUUCGCGACAGGAGUAUCUGUCUCUUCUACGCAGGGAUCUUGCUGCUUAUUAUUCUUACAGCGACUUCUUAAUUGGAAAGAUGAUGGACCUUUUCCCACUUUCUGAGUUGGUUGACUUCUUGGAGUCCAACGAGGUUCCUCGGCCUGUGACCCUUCGCACCAACACACUCAAAACAAGGCGACGUGACCUGGCACAGGCCCUGAUAAACCGUGGAGUAAAUCUUGAUCCUUUAGGAAAAUGGUCAAAAACUGGGCUUGUUGUAUACGAUUCAUCUGUGCCCAUAGGUGCCACUCCAGAAUACUUGGCUGGCCAGUACAUGCUGCAAGGAGCAUCUAGUCUUCUCCCCGUCAUGGCUCUUGCCCCCCAGGAGAAUGAGCGGAUUUUGGACAUGUGUUGUGCCCCAGGAGGCAAGACCAGCUAUAUAGCCCAACUGAUGAAGAAUACCGGUGUGAUCCUGGCCAAUGACAGCAAUGCAGACCGAUUGCACAGUGUGGUGGGAAACCUGCACCGUCUGGGUGUCACAAACACUGUUGUGAGUCACUGUGAUGGGCGCCAGUUUCCCAAGGUACUAGGCGGUUUUGACAGGGUUCUGCUGGAUGCUCCAUGCAGUGGCACAGGGGUUAUUUCAAAGGACCCCACAGUUAAAACCAAUAAGGAUGAGAAAGACAUUUUACGCUGUGCUCACCUACAAAAGGAACUGAUACUUAGUGCCAUUGACUCAGUUAAUGCAGCCUCAGAAACCGGCGGGUACAUUGUGUAUUGCACAUGUUCAGUCAUGGUGGAGGAAAACGAGUGGGUUGUGGAUUAUGCCCUGAAGAAACGUAAUGUCCGUCUGGUGCCAACGGGCCUGGAUUUUGGUAAAGAAGGAUUCACCAGAUUUAAGGAGCGCCGUUUCCAUCCUUCUUUGAAGUCUACACGGCGUUUCUACCCUCACACUCAUAACAUGGAUGGCUUUUUCGUUGCCAAGCUCAAGAAAUUUUCUAAUGCCAUUCCCAAGGCUGUGAAAGAUGAAGAAUCAAAUGGAGAGCCAGCCGUGCAAGCAGAAGAAGCAAGCUCUGCUCCAGCAGCAGCUGAGCCAUUGCCUCAAGGGAGGAAACAAGUAGCCUUGAAAGCUGCUAAGAAACCUACGGCAAAACAGGGACUUUCUGCAGCAACACCAACAAAGGCCAAAGGAAGCCCAAAGGGAGAUAAACAGAAGAAACAGGCCUCAGUCUCCUGGCAAGGCUCCUUUCAGAAGCGGACCAGGCCGUCAAAGGCUGCUCGGCCCUCUCCUGGGGGUCUGAAGGCUCGGCCCACCCACAGCAAGAAACGCAAACUGCACAGAGGCCACCAGUAGUGGGAUGCAUUGGUCAGGGACCACUUUGCUUGGUGCUUUUCUGACCGCUGCUAGCCAGGGCCAGUGAGGUUGUUGGGUGAUCUCAUUCAAGUUGCUUGACCUGAAGAGACUCGUGCAGGGUUGGUGCUUGGACGCUCUGACAUGGCCGGGACUGACUUCAAAUAUUUUAUUUACUUUUAGUCCUGCUUAAGGGCAAAGACUGUCCAGAUUAGACCUCUCAAUCAUUAAAUUUUUUCGUACUUGGUCA